GCGCAGUUGAGUUCCGACGAGAUUUUGAGGUUCUCGUGGAGGUUCUCGGUUAGUCGCGGCUAAGAAAAGUGUAAACCCAGGUUCAUUUUUGAAAAGGCUUCUAAAGUUUGUCCCUAAGCUCUCAGAAAGUAAAGAAGCAGAUGGCAAUAACGGAGGAAGCAAACCAAAAGUCCACUUUAUCCCCACCUAAUUCCUACACAGCCGUUGUUCUUGGAGGUACUUUUGAUCGCUUACACGAUGGUCACCGCCUUUUUCUUAAGUCAGCAGCUGAAUUGGCAAAGGAUCGCAUUGUCAUUGGUGUUUGUGAUGGUCCGAUGUUGACUAACAAACAGUAUGCUGAUCUAAUAGAGCCUAUUAAGCUAAGAAUGCAGAAUGUUCAAGAUUACAUCAAGUCUAUAAAACCAGAGCUGGUGGUGGAAGCAGAACCAAUUGUGGAUCCCUAUGGUCCGUCAAUCAUUGAUAAGAACUUGGAGGCCAUUGUUGUCAGCAAGGAGACAUUGCCUGGUGGACUGUCUGUUAACAGGAAGAGGGCUGAAAGAGGCCUCUCACAGCUGAAGAUAGAAGUUGUAGAUCUGGUCUCUGAAGAAUCAAGUGGAGACAAAUUGAGUUCUACUGCUUUGAGAAAGAUUGAAGCUGAGAAGCUCAGAGAUCAUCAUCCAGAAAGCCAGAGCUAACUUUUUUCUAGUCUAUACACAACCAAAGGAGUUUCUCUUUGUUUUAUUUCAAGUUGUUUUUAAGGAUGAAAAUGUAGCAAAAAAUAAUAAUCUUUUCAGAAUCAUACACUGGAGUUGUUCUCACAGUUACUUGUAAAUCUCUAUAUAAUGUUUGUAAAUCUCUAUAUAAUGUUUAGACACA